AGGCCACCAAUCACACUUCGCCCUGCGCCGGCGUUGGACCCUCGACGUCAGCCUUGCAACCAACCCCUCGUCCGUGUUCUGACCCGGUUUUGAGCCCCGCCAACCCUAGCACUGCAACAUGGCCCUCCUCGCCUUCAAAGCAAUCGAUUACGGCGCAGACCACAUACCAGAUCGCUUCUGGGAAAAGCUUCCAGGUGGCUUCUUUACGCCCGCUGACAAGAAGAAGGCGAAGCACAAGAACAGAGACGGUCGAACGAGGCGGGAACUGCCACAUAGCAGCAGUGAAGAGCGACGAGCCCACAGAGAUACAAACCCUCCAACCGAUUACUCCGAUUUCAGCGCGUACGACGAUACAGACCACGAGCGCGAGUAUAGGGACAGACAGCGUCGGCGCCGUGCCAAGAGCGUUGGACAGAGCCCGAGCCGCGAGAUAAACUACGGCCGUGGUAGAGACGGAGGAAUACAACGAAGCAGUGACUUCGACGACGUAUACGACAUGGAUCGCUCAGAGCGUGCGCCGCAAUUUCCUCCCCCUCCAGCCUCCGAGUACAAGCCAUACAACCCGGCAGACUAUGCUCCACCCAUGGGGAACGAGUACGGCCGACGCUCGUCGGCCAGGCCCGAGUACGGCCCUCAGCGCUUCACCCUUCAACCGCCCAGGCACGGUACACACCCGCAGGCUACUCCCCCUCUCCGAUUCCUCCACCCGGCGCAGACUACAACCUCUACCAACCCCGCGAGUACGAGCCGCCUGUCCCAGAGGCAUACAGCCCCCAGCCAGCACCUUACAAAGCGCCCGGCAACUCUUACCCUUCCCCACCACCGCUCUACCGGCACCGGUCCCGCUCUCAGCCUUCCAUAACCUCGUACGAAGACAACCAACUCACCCCCUACUACGAGCCGCCGAGUCGUCAUGACAGCAACUCAUCUUCGCGGCGCCAUCGUCACGAUCACGAUGAUGGAAAGCGUCACAGGGCAAAGUCAGCUGGACACCGCCGUGGCCGCAGUCGCGGUCGGGUUGCUGACAAACUUCGCGAAAGGUGCGGCGAUUGUUGGAUUU